ACCAACGACAGUGCGCGCGAUCACCAGCGAUCACCUGAGACGUGUGAGACGUGUGAGCGACAAAAUAAACGUUUACUCUUUUUUUUUUCAUUUUUAGUUUUAUUCAGUUUUCGUUUCGUUUUGGUUUUUUUUUCUUCUUUAAUUUUUGUUUAUUGCUUUUUUUUUUUUAUUUUGUUGUUGUUCAAUAAAUUUUAGUUUACACAGUGUUUUAAUAUUUUUAAAUAUUAAACGGACAUGAGUUUUGUAAGGUUAAAAUAUUUAAACGACUUUUAGAUUUGACACAAGUGAUUGUUGUGUAUACUUACCGAUAAGUGGAUAUCUAAUUUUUUUUACUAUACCUUACCUAAUGGUGCUUUCUUGGUAAAAUUAGUUUUUUUUCAUCAAGUGCUGAUCGAUCAUAACCUUUAAUAGAUAAUAAUAUAAUUAUUUGAAAUAAAAGUUUUUAAUUUGAGUAAUAUCGGGUAUUCAUAAAUCAUGUUAUGUGCAGAUAAAUAAAAUUUAAAGAUUUAAAAAAAUAAAAUAAAAUAAAUUUUAUUUUGUUAUAACGGUAAAAUUUAAGUUAGUAAUUUUGGAUGAAUCUUUUUACAUCAGUGAUAUUAUAUUAUAAUAAUUAUAAAUUGUGAGUGCGGUUGACAAGUGUAGUAAAAGAGCUCGAGUACGGCGCUAUAAGCGCCUGAAGGAGCUCUAAAAAAAUGCAGAUGAUGACGGGAGAAAAAGGACCGAGCCACCUUGUCGUUCUUUACGUAGCGACCGCAGGACUUCAGGGCAAUGCACUCGGUUCUGACGAAGAAGAAAUUAUACUUCUCAUUUAUGUUCUCAUCGAUGUACUCCAAAAUAAGGUGAUAGGUCAUAAACAAUAUAUCGUACAGCCAUCAUCUAUGCUGGAAGCUAAUCAGCAAGAAGAAGAUACUUUAGAAUCAACAACAUCAAAUAGUGUUAUUAGCGAGACAGCAUUAACGCAUGCGCCAAGUCUAAAUGAACAAACUCUUCGAGAACAUGGUGUUCCAUUGAAUCAAGCUAUUCAACAGUUUGAAAGUUGGUGGUCAUCUUUGACAUGUAUAUCCGCUGGAAGUUCACCUCGUUUCGUAGUUGAUGGUCAAGCUCCUCUUAGACAAUGUCUUCAUCCUGAAUGUUACAAUAAAGAUCUAGACCUCCCGGAAUAUUACAAUUAUUUUUAUGACCUUCGUAAGGAAUUUACCAAUUGUUAUUCAACACAAGGAGAACUUGCUACCCCCAGUAUUCAAGAAAUGAUUCAAUAUUUUGGUAUGUCACUAGACACUGAUAAUGAUUUUCAUGUAAAGGAAGUUCAAGAUAUGGUUAACGUUAUUCAAAGAAUGAUUAAAGAUGGACACAUAUUUCACAUUCCAGAAGUAAUAAAUCUUAUUUUAGAACCUGGUAUAUGCUCAAAAGAUGAAGAAGUUGAUAACAAUUGUGUUGUGAGAGCCCGUGGUUUACCGUGGCAAUCAUCCGAUCAGGAUAUUGCUAAAUUUUUUCGUGGAUUAAAUGUUGCAAAGGGUGGAGUUGCCUUAUGUUUAAGUCCGCAAGGCAGACGGAACGGUGAAGCUUUGGUACGAUUUAUUAAUAAAGAACACAGAGAUAUGGCAUUAAAAAGGCAUAAACAUCAUAUUGGUAAACGAUACAUUGAGGUGUACAAAUCAUCUGGUGAAGAAUUUGUGAGAGUUGCAGGUGGUGCUAGUGGUGAAGCUCAUGCAUUUCUUUCACGUGGUGCUCAAGUCAUUGUACGAAUGCGAGGCUUACCAUACGACUGCGUUGCCAAACAAGUGAUUGAAUUUUUUUCUGGUGGUCAGAAUCCAUGUCAAGUGCUUGAUGGUGAAGAUGGAGUGUUAUUCGUAAAAAAACCAGAUGGCAGAGCUACAGGAGAUGCUUUUGUUUUAUUUGCUAAAGAAGCUGAUGCUGAAAAAGCACUUAGCAAACAUCGUGAAUGUAUUGGCGUUAGAUAUAUUGAAUUAUUUCGAAGUACAACUGCAGAAGUACAACAGGUUCUCAAUAGAGCUAUAGAUAUUAAACCACAAGUCGAUAUGACACCAAUGUUACCACUACCACCUCCAUUGCUUCCACAAUAUAUAAUUACAUCGGGAACUAGAAAAGACUGUGUCAGAUUACGUGGACUACCUUACGAAGCGCUGGUUGAGCAUAUUUUAGAAUUUAUGGGUGAAUACGCAAAGCACAUUGUCUACCGUGGAGUUCAUAUGGUUUACAAUUCUCAAGGUCAACCCUCGGGUGAAGCAUUUAUUCAAAUGGACAGCGAGAGUUCAGCAUUCGCGUGUGCAUCACAACGUCACCAUCGUUAUAUGAUAUUUGGAAAGAAACAACGUUACAUCGAAGUCUUCCAGUGUAGCGGUGAUGACAUGAAUCUAGUAUUGACAGGUGCAGCGCCACCAGUUGCCAAAUCGCUGCUGUCAUCCGAUGAAAUGAUGUUGCCGCCACCACCUUCACAAUCAGGGUUUCCACCGGGGCCAAUAUUUCCACCGCAAGCAACGAUACUGCCUCAUAAUUUGCCAGUUUUGGCACCACCACCCUUUCAAACAGUCGUUUGCUUUCCUUAUGCAUCACUGUCGUCCCCAAUAGAUCCAUGGCAUCAUCGUAUACAUGCACCUGCGAGUUGUAUCGCUGAUGUUGGACUUCAUGCUACUGCAACAUUUGGUUUAAUAGAAAGGCCAAUAGAAUCAACAAAUGAUGUUGAUCAACGCCAACAGUUGCUACCAUUACAAGCUGCUAAUAAUUAAUUAAUUUUAUUAUCAAGUGCUCCAAAGAACUUUAACUAAAAAAAAUUCUACUUAAAUUUUUUAUAAUUCCAUUUUACUUUUUUAUCGACGCUUUUAAUCUUUCCAUUUUCUCAAAAAUACUUUAUUUUUCGUUUUUUUUUUUUUUUUUUGUCUAGUCUAGAGAGAUCAAGCCAAACUAUCAUAAUAACAUAUUUCAUCUGAAUUUAAUGAUUUCACUUCAUCUACGCGGUUUAAUAAAACUCUUGAUUUUUAUUUUAGACAAAUAAACAUUACUUAAUGAUAUAUAAGUAGAGGCAUAUUUAUAGUUGUUUAAUAUAUUGUUUAAUAAUAUAUGUGAUUAAAAGAUUCGUAAAUAGCAGAAAGAUACAAAAAAUAAGAGUUAUCUAUAAUAUAGUUAUGUAACAACAAAUAUUACAACUGUCUUCCGCAAAAAUUAUUUUAUCUAUUAAAAAACAUAAAAUUAAAAUAAAAGUAACGUGUAGUAGAAAAAAUAAAAAAAAAUUGUAUUGUCUAACAGUAACAAUAAUAAUCUGUAAAACCAUUUUAGUGAUUUAUAUCGAUGCACUAAACAUAUUGCCAUUUGUUUCAAUAAUGAUAAUUUAAACGGCGUAUGUUUAUCCAAAUUUUAUAUACUAUAUUUAACAAUGAAAAUUAAUUAACUUAUUAUAUUUAAAUAAUGGCAAUUGCCAAAGGAGCAAAGUGCUAUUAAUUUUUUUUUAUAUAUUUAAAAAAUUUUAUAAAUAUUGCCGCAUAUUAUAUGUAUAAUCUGCGGGCAUUAAUUAUAUUAUAAAAUGAAUUGUUUUCAUACUGUGAAUACCUCCUCAUUAGUAGGAAAAUAAUUUUGGUGCAAUAAAAAAUCUUUAUUAUUAUUAUAUAAUAUACAUUAAAUUGUGCAAUAUUUAUGUAUUAUCAAUUUAAAUUUUAUUUAUUUUUUUUUUGUUUUUCGUGCAGUAACUUUUAUUAAGUGGCUGUUCAUUUUUUUUUUAAUUUAGUACUGAAAAAAUACUAUUAUAUAAAUAAAUUGUUGUGUGAUUUUAACAAGUGCUCAAAAAAAUACAAUGUACCGAUCAAUAUUUUUUUGUUAUUUAAUAUGGCAGAUAUUUUGAAAUUGAUCCAAUAUAUAUUUAUUUGAAAAAGUAAAUUAGAUAAAUAAAAAUUUAUAAUAUAUUUAUAAUAUUAAUAUA